AUGCGGAACACCCGAGCCGCCAUCGUCAUCGUCACCCUCACCAUCAUCAUCACCCGCAUUCACCUUCACAUCAGCAGCAGCAGCAGGAGUACUUUCAGCAACAGCAGUAUUCCCAGCAGCAGCAACAUCAACAUCAGCUUUAUCAGAACCACGAGCGCCCGCGUGGAAGGAGUCGAAGUACGGGGAUCCUCGCAUGAACGAGGACGAUCGGCCCCUCCGCCCAUCAAUGACAGCCCUUGGGAUGCUCGUGCUUCAACUACGGCAACAUUAUUUCCGCAUCGAUCCCAGGCAUUGAGUGAUCAGCCCAGAGCGUGGAAGGCCCUGCCCACCACGCCCGGCCAGUUUCGACUGGGUGAGGAUGGGUUGCCAUGGUCAGCGUGGGCCUGGCCGUCGGAUCCGAACGGGUACGAGGAUGAGUCCCCUUUUGCCAACAACCCGACGACUGUCCACCUUUCCCCGGAAAGGCGUCGUCGUAUCGAGGAUCCGGAAAGAGUCAGGGAGUUGGAGACGCUGUCGACGGCCAUGAUGACGGUGGACAACGGAUUUGAGAACCAGUGGUGGUUUCAGGGUCCGCGAGCAUCGACAACCCGGGCGUCUGACGAUGGUGAUAAUGACAAUAAUGAUGACGAUGACAAUGACGAUGACGACGAUGCUCGGCCCCUGAGCGCGGCGGAAGCAAUGCUCUUGGCCUCUGCUGAGCCCCCCGCGACAGGAGGAGAUACCUACGACUCCGGACCUCCGAACCCCUAUGACAUAGUCUCACCAAUAUCGGACAUGUCCAGCCCAACGCCGAGCUUUCGGGGGCCUCUGUACAGAUCUUUGACCACUCGAUCGGAGGAACUGUGGAUCGGAAGUUGA